UCUCCGACAAGAGUUUCAUAGCUGGUGGACCAUGGAGCUUCUUGUAAAUGUAGGAAAAUGGAUAGAAGAAAACAAAUCUUCCUUUUUGCCACCUGUGUGCAAUAAGCUUAUGCAUCGCCAUCAACUAAAUGUGAUGUUUGUUGGAGGGCCAAAUGAAAGGAAGGAUUAUCAUAUUGAAGAAGGAGAAGAGCUUUUUUAUCAGAUUAAAGGAAAUAUGUGUUUGAAGAUAAUUGAAAAUGGGAAACAAAAAGACAUUGUCAUCCAAGAAGGAGAGAUGUUCCUCCUCCCUGCCAGGAUACCUCAUUCUCCUCAAAGAUACGCCAACACAGUGGGUCUUGUGAUCGAGAGGGAAAGAUUAAAGACAGAAAUUGAUGGGCUCAGGUACUAUGUUGGAGAAUCAGCUACUGUCCUCUUUGAGAAAUGGUUUCACUGUGAAGAUCUCGGUACUCAACUUAUUCCAAUAAUUCAAGAGUUUUUCAAUUCAAGACAGUAUCAAACUGGAAAGCCAAAUCCAGAUGAACUCCUGAAAGAAACACCUUUCCCACUAAAUUCCACUUCUGCUAUGGAACCGUUUUGCUUCCAAGGGUGGUUAAAUGAUCAUCGCAGUGAAAUAAAACAGAAGCAAUCCUUGAGAAUGUUUGGAGAAAACUUUGAAACAGAGGUUAUUGUUUAUGGACCAGGAACAACUGAGAAAAGUAAAAAGAAUUCAGAUAUCUGGAUAUGGCAGCUGGAGGGCACAUCAACUGUUACAAUGGAUGGUAAAAACUUGAUGCUAUCUGCUGGUGACAGCCUGCUUGUCCGUGCCCAGUCUACGUACUGCUGGAAGAGAACAGAAGAAUCUUUGGCUCUGUGCAUUGCUCAGGAUCCGAAACGCAAGCAGCCUUAUACCUAGCUCUUCUGCCAAC